GGCCAGCGUAUACAUGGAUGGGCACCCGGAUGCUUAUCCAAAAAGUUUGAAGACUUUAAACUUCUAGAAGGCAAUGUGUACGAGAUCAAAAAUUUUGAACUUGUGGAGGACAAAAGUGCAUUCAAGAUAACUAAGUCGAGUCACAAGUUCAUUUUCUACAAAUCAACUAACAUGCGGGAGAUAGUUGAUGAGGAGUAUCCGAGGUUGAUGUUCGAGUUUAAGCAAUUCAGCGAGCUAACCGACCCUGAGAGAAUCGAUCCUUCCACACCUUUUGACAUGAUUGGCCGUAUCGUUUUGUUUCAAAACGUACAUACAAAAAAUUCAAAUGGAAUUCCCAAGAGGUGUAUUGACAUUGUGCUUGAAGAUGUUGAUGGCUGCCACCAAACAUGCACACUUUGGGAAGGAUAUGUUGAUGUCCUCCUAUCAGCCUACAAACAGUCAUGUGCGGCUGAUUUAAAAGUGCUAAUAAUACAACUUUGCCAUGCAAAGUCAUUUGAUGAUGGUUCUGUUUUAGUUUCCAAUAUUUAUGAUGCUACAAAAUUGAUAGUCUCGAAUGAUGUUCCUGAGAUUGUUGAUUUCAAGCAAAGGUACAAUUCCCACACAAGGCCAAGGGAAUCUUCAUUCCCUUAUGUUAGGUCUUUCAUGUCUAACAUAUGUGACGACUUGCAAUCCGGAAUUGCACCUAUCUUAAGUGUUGCCGAAUUUUAUGCGUCUGAAGAGCCAAAAGACUAUUGGAUUUGUGGCAACAUUAUUGAUAUUUGGAGGGAUUGGUAUUUUAAUUCUUGCCCCAACUGCGUUCGGAAAGUCGAACCGAAAGAUGAGAGAUUUUGGUGCAACCACUGCCAAGACACCAUUCCAUUUGCAAUUAUUAGAUACAAGCUGCAUAUUUCGGUGGGGGAUAACACGGGAAUGGUUCGUCUUUUAUGCUGGGACAAGAUUGGUAGAGAAUUGGUUGGAAAGCCAUGUGAUUCUGUUGUUGGUGAAUUGAUUGAGGAAAAUGAUGGCUCGGUUCUACCUGUUGACCUCGAAAUUUUGAUACACAAAGUGCUAUUGUUCAAAGUUUCAAAGAAAAAGGGUCAAUUUGGAACAUACAGUGGUCCUUUUACCGUUUCCCGAUUAACAGCCGACCAUAUUUUGGUCAACCGAUUUGGUUCUUUGGCCAACAUCUUCCAGGACUCUCACGAAAUCACCCCAGUGAUCAAAGACUAUUAUGAAGCUGUUCAA